AAAAAGGCUGAACUCCGAGCAGCUGUGUUUUUAGCCCUAGAAGAGCAAGAAAAAGUAGAGAACAAAACUCCACUAGUCAAUGAGAGCCUGAGAAAGUUCUUGAACACAAGAGAUGGCCGGCUGGUGGCUGGUCUUGUUGCAGAAUUUCUUCAGUUUUUCAACCUUGACUUCACCUUGGCCGUUUUUCAGCCUGAAACUAGCACAUUUCAAGGUCUUGACGGUCGAGAGAAUUUAGCCCGAGACCUAGGUAUUAUUGAAGCAGAAGGUACUGUGGGUGGACCUUUAUUAUUAGAAGUGAUCAGACGUUGUCAACAGAAAGAAAAAGGAUCAACCAAUGGGGAGGGUGCGCUAGAUCUCUCUGAUGUGCAUUCUCCACCGAAGUCACCGGACGGCAAGACGAGCGCACACAGCAGUCCCAGCAAGAUACCAAGGUACACAGGACAAGGUAAGAAGAAGACAAGCAGGCGGAAGUCUGGUGCCAAGGCCAACAGUGAGGCCAGUCAGAGUGACACGAGUCUCUCCUCAUCAGAACCAAAGAGCAGAAGCAGUCUCCACUUGCUGACUCAUGAAACGAAAAUUGGAUCUUUCCUAAGUAACAAAAGUCUAGAUGUCAAAGACAAAGCUGGUCUUUGUCCAGACGGAGAUGAUAUGGAAGGGGAUUCUUUCUUUGAUGAUCCCAUUCCUAAACCAGAAAAAACUUACGGUUGGAGGAGCGAGCCCGGGCCGCCCGCGGGAAGCCUCGCCUCGCUCUCGGACGCGCCCCCCUUGAAGAGCGGCCGCAGCUCCCUGACCGGAGCCCCCGGAGCCCCCGGAGCCCCCUCGUCCGCAGAGGCCGGAAGUAAAAGAGGAAACACGGUUUUGAAAGAUCUGAAGUUGGUCAAUGAUAAAGUUGGAUCACUUGGAUUAGGGACUGGAGAAGACGACGACUAUGUUGAUGAUUUUAACAGUACCAGCCAUCGCUCAGAAAAAAGUGAGCUGAGUAUCGGUGAAGAGAUCGAGGAAGAUCUUUCUGUGGAAACGGACGACAUCAAUACCAGUGACAAACUUGAUGACCUGACGCAGGACCUGACUGUGUCCCAGCUCAGUGAUGUCGCGGAUUAUCUGGAAGACGUUGCAUAGACACGAAAGGAGGAAGUAUUCUCAUCAACAAAGGACAGAGGACUCUGAUCAGUUGCAUCCCCCCCCACCCCCCCGACCCGCCCCAGACAAUCACUCUUUGCUGGAAUGUCUGCUCCCUGUUGGUGCCUUGUGUUUCAAAAAGACUGCAGAUAUUUUUAAAAAUUAACUUUCCGUUAUACUAAACAAAACGCUUCCAACUUGAGCCCAUGUGUGGAAGAUACAAGUUCUUAAUUUGGUUUGGCUACACAUUUCUCUGUGGAAAUUGAUUAUCUACAACUCAGACUCCUCACAGGGAGUGAACCCAUGAAAAUACGAGUAUUAAGAGCAUCCUGAAAGGUGUCAAUAAAGCUGUAGGUUCACACAA